AUGGCCCCGCUGCCCGGCGCCGAGCUGGUGCAGAGCUCGCUGCAGCUGUACCGCUACCUGCUCCGCUGCUGCAGGCAGCUGCCCGAGGAGAGCAUUCGCCAGCAUUACAGACAUGCAGUCAGGCAGAGUUUCAAAGUUCACGCUGAUGAAGAUGACCCUGAACGAAUCCAGCAGAUUAUUAAGAGAGCCAUUGAAGAUGCUGACUGGGUCAUGAAUAAA